UCUUGGGGUAAACUUCUUUGGUUUGAUUGGCAUUACUGAAUAGACAUCGGCUUCGAUCGUAACUUGUGUUUUAAAGGCGUUGUUCAUCAUCAUUUUCGGGCGAUUCGAGUUUGCUCACAAAAAAAUACUGGUGCGAAGGCAAAUAGGUAGAGCCAUUCUAUAAAUUUUUAUUGUCUCAGUUGUCGAUUUUGUCUAGUGUGCGGCAGUAAAAAAUUUCAAAUUGUAACCAAUGACGACGAUUCGAAAAAAAUUGGUGAUUGUUGGCGAUGGUGCCUGUGGUAAGACUUGUCUUCUGAUCGUUUUUAGUAAAGAUCAGUUUCCCGAGGUAUAUGUUCCAACCGUUUUUGAAAACUACGUUGCAGAUAUUGAAGUUGAUGGUAAACAAGUAGAGUUGGCCUUAUGGGACACAGCUGGUCAAGAAGAUUAUGACAGACUUCGACCAUUAAGCUAUCCAGAUACGGAUGUUAUUCUGAUGUGCUUUUCUGUGGACUCGCCCGAUUCAUUAGAAAAUAUUCCUGAAAAAUGGACUCCAGAGGUCAAACAUUUUUGUCCAAAUGUUCCCAUAAUUUUGGUGGGCAAUAAAAAGGAUUUGCGAAAUGAUCCCAACACUAUUCGAGAUCUGGCUAAAAUGAAACAGGAGCCUGUUAAGCCUCAAGAGGGACGUGCUAUGGCUGAGAAAAUCAAUGCCUUCGCAUAUUUGGAAUGUUCAGCUAAGUCUAAGGAAGGUGUUCGAGAUGUCUUCGAAACGGCUACUAGAGCUGCAUUACAAGUAAAGAAGAGGAAGAAGACCAAAUGCCUUUUGCUCUAAAAGAGCAAAUCUACACAAAACACAUUACACGUAAAACAAAGCAAAACCAUACACUCCCGAUUUUUUUAUUUCCCCUUUUUUGAACGGGUAUCUUAAAAUGUUUUUUGAUUGGCAAAUUCUUGAUCAUGAUUAAUUGAUUAUUAAAUAAUAAUCGUAUUUUAUUUAAAAGAAAAUAAUAUAUAUUGUAAACAUGUAUUUAGAGGUAAACGAAUAAUGUGAAAUCUAAUUACAAAAAAUGCAUUGAAAGGAAAAAAAUAUUUGAGAAAUCCUGAGAAAUAAUAAUUAACAAAAGAUUGAAAAUUUGGGAACGGUAGGGUUAAAACGGGAGCGGUAUUUGUGAGUGAAAAAGUGGGAACUACAGCAAAGUUAUAUCAAUUUGCAUGCAUACACGCACACAUGCACAAACACGACAGUGUAAGCAGCAAGAGAAGCAUUUAAAAAUAUCAAAACAAUGUUUUUGGGUGCACCAGUAUAUAUUUUGUUGUCUCCUAUUUUUAUUUUUGAAAUACAUUAAAUAUAAUAAAAACAAAAAAAAAAAA